AUGAUCCCCUAUUAUCAUACAGGAUUUUCUAUUUUCUUUGGCAAAGUAGUGUCAAGGUGCUUUGCCUUUGAGACCGUCUUUGUGGCUCCAUUGGUGUCUGGCUUUUCGUUCCAGGGUUUUUGCGGGGACACCUGUUCAAACCGGCUCUUUGCGUGGGCACUUCAUGUGCCUGGCAUCGGAAGCCUACAUCCAGUGCCAUCUGAAUGUGCAGCUUGUGUUUUGACGAUUAUAGCCAUUUACGUGCUUGUGGGCAUGACGGCCUUCCUGGACUUGCAUUUCUUGUUCUACUUGGUCAUCGGGAUUGGCGGAUAUGCAAUGGGAGAGCACCGUGGAUUGCGGAACGUGGUCUCAUCUGCUCUCAGGCACCUGGACUUAGAUGCGAGUGCCCGCCGCCAAGAAAUUCGGGAGACCGAGUUGCGGGAUAUGAUAAGCGAUGGCCGUGCAAUGGAAGCGGUCUUUGGAAGUGCUUGGCGCCUGGUUUGGAGCUGUGCCGUGGAGUCUCUGUACGAUGACUGCUUGAUCACCGAAGCUGCGGCCAACAGCAUGGUGAAUGCUGCACAUACCUUCCGCUGGCGUGAUAGCACUGCUUCCAAGAAAGAGUUCGCGCAGAUGUCGCAAUGCUUCACCAAGUUGCGAUUCAGAGCCACGCAGCUGCGUGGGGGCUCCUGGCAGCAAGCUGGGCGCUCCUGCUGCGUCUCGGAAGUGCAGGUGAUACAUGGAGCAAGAAGUCGGCCCAAGUCGUAUUCUGUGAGCAAGUGGGCGGUGAAGCAGGUGAAGGUCUCAACCCCCGCAGAGCAUGCCGAGCUCAUGGAGGUCUUGGAUGACAGGCUCAUCGCGACUGCAGAUGUUCCAGGCCUAGGCAUCCGCAGCGGCUGGCAGCUGCUCUCUCGUGGUGUGCCACAUGGAACCAAUGGCACAGGUUCGGGAACAAGCACUCCGAAUCGCAUGUCGGUUUCGAGCCGCAGCAGUGCUAACCCACCCUUGAGAAGAAAUGUGACAAAAGCCGAAGACCUGGUGGCGUUGAGGACUGCCAGCAGUUUCCGGUUCCCGGCAGAGCUGGAGUUCACUUAUUUCGAGGAGUAUCGGGAAGCCAUCGUCACUUUUGACAAGCCCCGCUGUGUUGCUGCAAUCUCAUUUUCAACCACUUCUGAUGAUCGGCAGUUUGAUCCGGUGUGCUGGGAGAUAGACGGCUCCUUGGACGGUCAGACAUGGAUGCGGCUGCAGACGCAGCAAUGCGAGUUUGAUACACCGGCUGAGCGGCGCGAGCACGUUGGUACGUACUUUGCAUCAGAGCCGUGGAGGAAGCAAGGCGCCGUAGGGUCAACGCAGGUCGACCUUCAGAAGGUCCCCACAGCUGUUAGUGAGCGGCUGUGCUUCUUCGCGAGCUCUUUGCGUGCUCUGUUGAAGCAGAGCAUACGACCUGGUUUUCAGAUCCGGCCCGGGCGCGACACAUUACUGGACAGCAAGGCGGGCGCCAUCCCGACCUUGACGCAAGUAGUUCCUGUAUAUGAAGAGCAAGUGAUCCUCACAGAGGAGUUCCUCUGUUCCUCCGAUGGACGCAACACAAACCUGGGCUUCCUCAUCGCGCAGGCAGAAGAUCAAUGGGAGAUCUUCACCCGCAAGCAUGGCAUGGAGCCACGCGAGCUUUUCAACGCCUUCGUGUUGGGCGAUCUGCGGGAGUGGGCCCGCAGGGCUGAAGUUCAGCAGGAUUUUGACCGCGUGGAUGAGAUUCAAGAGCUCAGCCUCCAGGUUCGGCUCUGGGCAUCGCAACGCUCUCAGACUGUCUAUCGCACGGUUGCCGGGGCCAUUCAAUACCACAAGGUCUUGGAAAUGCUUCCGGCCGUCCAGGCAUCUGACAAUCCAAACCGGACUCUGGCAGGCUUGGUGCAGCUCUACAUCGCUCACCAGACUUAUGGCAACAAGAGGCACAAGGAGAGCGUUGACCAGGACAUGCGACGAUUGCUGUUGCAGUAUCGUCACUAUCCCAUCUACCUGGUAUGCGAUUACAACUCUGACGUCGCACGGCCUUCGCUGAGAGAGAUGGUGACGUGUUAUGUGGCCCGCGAGCACAAGUUUACGGGACGGAUUCAGUUCGCCUCUGUGCUGCUGGCAUUCAAUGAGAACUACAGCAAGGGCCAACCGGAGGAGAGCAUUGUGAAGGUUGUGGAAGUAUUGCCGCGAGUCUACCCACUCGUACUGGGCGAACUGGAACCGCGUCCGCCAGCUGCGAAAACGCAGGGCAAGGCUGGAAACCAGCUUGGCGCGCUCCGAUUUGCACCGGGCCAUUACCUGCAGAUGAUGGAUGCCAACAUGGGCGCUUUCUUCGGUGAGGCUUGCAAGGUGCCCUUUGUCUUGCGGCACUUUCAGCCUCCGGGCUGUGAUCGGAGGACUGUCCAGGCACGAAUCAUUGGCUUUCGUGAACACAUCUUCACUGGAAGCCAUGGCGCAGUAGGCGCAGCCAUGGCCGACGCAGAGUGGACGUUCGGAACCAUCUGCCAGCGCUUCCUUGCAGGGCUUGGGGCACGCAUGCACUAUGGGAGCUUCGCUUGCAUGUGGGCAGUGCAGGCAAUGCAAAGCACAAAGCACAGGUCAUGGGGCACAACAUGUUUGUUUUCAGCGAAGCAUGACUGCAAGGCACGCCAAAAAAUGACACGAGACGGUCGGGAUCAGGUGUACGGGGAAGAGGAGUGCCCUCGAAAGAUACCUUGUUGGGAAAGAGGAAGAGCGGGAAGUGUGCUUGUGUUAUGUACGGUAUUGAUUCCUAGAAAAUGUCCCAGAAAUCGCUUCAGGGUUGCGUACGAUGAAAGUGGAAGUCUUUGGAUUUUGAGCAGGCAGCGGCAUUGGGGGAGGAGCGUUGCAGGUUGUUUGCAUUAA